ACUAGCAUAUAAAAUUACUUAAUGAGCAGAUUUUUUUUUUUUUUUUGCAUGUUAUGAUGAAAGGUUAGCUUUCUGUAUAUAUGUCAUUUUAUGAACAUUACAUGUGCAUCUCUUACCAGUUUGUUGUGUAUAGGAUUCUUGCUUGGGAACUGCUCUUGCUUUUUCACCUCUUGAUAUAAAGCUGCCAAGGGUGGUUGUUCCUUGUUUAGUCCUGCAAGAAAUUAACAGUCAGCAUUCAUCCAUCUCUUUAGCUAAAUAAAAAAAAGUUACUUCUGCCUCCCACAGUAGAUUAUUUCAACUUUUAAAUCUCCAUUUUGAGCUUCAGCUUUCUUCCUUGGGUAGCUAUUGUUGAUGCCUUGAAUGAACUAGUUUCUCUUUCAGAUGUAUUCCACUCAACAAUCCCAGAAUGUUGUUGGAACAUCAACAACAUCCACUUUGAUGGCUCCCUGUGCUGCUGCAAGAGUUGCCCAAGAGAGCUCAGGAAACACCUGGGAUCCCCUGGCUGCAGUGGUCCGACAGAUGGAUUCUAACGAGGCACAUAUGAUAUCUUCUUACCACAUUAGAUUACCCCUAGACCAAGAAACAGGUGAUUUGGUUGCUGAUGGUGGUCUCUCAUCCUGUGACAAUGGAAGAUCUCAGGAAGACAAGAGUUCUUUUGCUCCCUGCCAUCCACAUGUCCCUGCAAGUAGCAAGCGUAUCACUGAGACAAACAUCAAAGGAAACAAGAGGAAGAGUCAAGCCGAGUGUGGUGCUUCAACAUCCCAGUCUCUAGAGGAAAGAGUUCAAGCUGAAGAACAGCAUGAUGUUUCAUUUGAGUCUGGCAAAGCUGCGACAGGGAAAGAUGGGAAGGAACAGAAGAAUGAAGUCAAACGAGGUGGCAACAAUCACAAGAAUGAUUGCACUCAUGUCAGGGCUAAGCGAGGUCAGGCAACCAACAGUCACAGCCUUGCAGAAAGAAUUAGAAGGGAAAAGAUCAGUGAAAGGAUGAGACUUCUCCAGGAUCUUGUUCCAGGGUGCAGCAAGAUUAACGGCAAGGCAUUGAUGCUUGAGGAGAUCAUCAAUUAUGUGCAGUCAUUGCAACGCCAAGUUGAGUUCCUCUCAAUGAAGCUUGCGACUGUAGAUCCAGAACUGAACUUUGAUCUUGAUCAAACUCUUUCUGGAGAUGUCCAUUCAUGCUAUGGAGGUUCAGCUGUUCUUGCAUUUGGUCCAGGAAUGAGUAGCUUCCAGCCUCAUUUGUAUGAAUCAACAUCACAAAGAGUCACUCAACCUGAAAUGUUCUGCACUGCUCCCAGUCCAGGGGACUUGCUGCAAGCCUUCCUCUCACAGACCAAUAUUUCUCAGUUAGGAGGUGCAUGGCAUGAUGAGUUCCAUUCCUGACGAAACUUCCACAGAGCUGAAUUUUACUAAUUCAUUGGCUGAGGGCAUGAUCAGCAGCUUGUUUCUGGUUCAUCCAUGAAGGUCUCCCAUUUUUUUGUUGGCAUCAAAACAGAUGAGUUAUACGUAAGAAUUGACAUGGAACUUUUUUAUUGUUCUAAGAGAAAAAGAAGUGGAUGAGUGAAAUGUGGCCUUUUUAGUUUAAAAUACAAUACCUACAAGAAGGUUUUUAGCAUAUAAAGGACUUGAAAACAAGGUUUCUGAUUUCUUAGUUAUCCAAAAUAGAGGUUUACAUUUCCUUCAUUAACUAUAAAAUUGAUCUAUACCUAAAUCAAUAAAACAACAUGAGAUGAUUACAAGUGUAAUCUCAAGCCAACAGUUCAGCUGGAAUGCUUUCCUGUCUCUGUUUCACACUCAUAAACAGGCGCAAGGUAUAUAUAUCCACUUCUAAUCACCAAAAGGAGUCAAAGGCUUCACAGCCAACUAGCUGACAUGGUUAACAGGUAGCAAUUGCCAAAUCCUGGAACCAUUUGAAGUCCAGGGAAAAUUCCAUCUCAUUAACCCUGCCACAAACAAUAGCAUGGAAACAAGGUGUUACUAGGUGCUUGUGCUCAAAUCUACUACCAAUUAAACUUGCAAGUGGAUAUGCAGCUAAUGCUUAUAUCACAUCAUGUUAUGACUUGAUUUUGUGUCGCCUAGAUUCAAUUAGGAACAGUAUGACCAUCAAAUUGAUUAUGUUACUGACCUAUGAAACUAUAGCACUAAAAGCUAGGUCUCAUGUAGAUUGAUCCUUGGAGUAGAAACAGGACCAUCAAAUCACAUUCUUU